CUACGUUGCAUGAUGCAACUCUGGAGUCAAGGAAGCCUUUCGCGCACGUUGGGGUGACUGGGCGGUGGCGGUGUUGGGACCAUGUCCUUGGAAGUGACCAGGGCGACUGCAGGGAUGGUGCUAGCAGAGCUGUAUGUCUCAGAUCGAGAGGGAAAUGAUGCCACUGGAGAUGGAACCAAAGAGAAGCCAUUUAAAACAGGCCUAAAGGCUUUGAUGACAGUUGGAAAAGAACCAUUUCCUACCAUUUAUGUAGAUUCACAAAAAGAAAAUGAGAGGUGGGACAUUAUUUCUAAAUCACAGAUGAAGAACAUUAGGAAAAUGUGGCAUAGGGAACAAAUGAAGAGUGAAUCCCGAGAGAAGAAAGAGGCAGAAGAUAAUUUGCGAAGAGAAAAGAACCUCGAAGAAGCAAAGAAGAUUACCAUUAAAAAUGAUCCAAGUCUGCCAGAGCCACAGUGUGUGAAGAUUCAUGCAUUAGAAGGAUAUAGAGGCCAGAGAGUGAAGGUUUUUGGCUGGGUCCAUAGGCUGCGUAGGCAAGGAAAGAAUUUAAUGUUCCUGGUGUUGCGGGAUGGUACGGGUUAUCUUCAGUGUGUCUUGUCGGAUGAGUUGUGUCAGUGUUACAAUGGAGUAGUUUUGUCUACUGAGAGUAGUGUUGCUGUAUAUGGAAUGCUAAAUCUUACUCCAAAGGGCAAGCAGGCUCCAGGGGGCCACGAGCUGAGUUGUGACUUCUGGGAACUUAUGGGGUUGGCCCCUGCUGGAGGAGCAGAUAACUUAAUCAAUGAAGAAUCUGAUGUCGAUGUCCAGCUGAACAAUAGGCAUAUGAUGAUCCGAGGAGAAAAUAUGUCCAAAAUCCUAAAAGCACGUUCCAUGAUCACCAGAUGCUUCAGAGAUCACUUCUUUGAUAGGGGGUACUGUGAAGUUACUCCUCCAACGUUGGUGCAGACGCAGGUAGAAGGUGGUGCCACGCUCUUCAAGCUUGACUAUUUCGGGGAAGAGGCAUUUUUGACUCAGUCCUCUCAGUUGUACCUGGAGACCUGCCUUCCAUCCUUGGGAGAUGUUUUUUGUAUUGCACAGUCAUACAGAGCAGAACAAUCCAGAACACGAAGGCACCUGGCUGAGUACACUCACGUGGAAGCUGAGUGCCCUUUCCUGACCUUUGAGGAUCUCCUGAACAGAUUGGAGGACUUGGUUUGUGAUGUGGUAGAUAGAGUCUUAAAAUCACCAGCAGCAAGCAUAGUGUAUGACCUCAACCCGAACUUUAAACCCCCUAAACGGCCUUUCAAACGGAUGAACUACUCAGAUGCUAUUGUGUGGCUAAAAGAACACAAUGUAAAGAAAGAAGAUGGGACUUUCUAUGAAUUUGGAGAAGAUAUCCCAGAAGCUCCUGAGAGACUGAUGACAGACACCAUUAAUGAACCAAUCUUGCUGUGUCGAUUUCCUGUGGAGAUCAAGUCCUUCUACAUGCAGCGAUGUGCUGAGGAUUCCCGCCUUACUGAAUCUGUUGACGUGUUGAUGCCCAAUGUUGGUGAGAUUGUGGGAGGCUCAAUGCGUAUCUGGGAUAGUGAAGAAAUUCUGGCAGGUUAUAAAAGGGAAGGGAUUGACCCCACUCCUUAUUACUGGUACACAGAUCAGAGGAAAUAUGGUACAUGUCCUCAUGGAGGAUACGGCUUGGGCUUAGAACGAUUCCUGACUUGGAUUCUGAAUAGAUAUCACAUCCGAGAUGUAUGCUUGUACCCUCGAUUUGUCCAGCGCUGUAAGCCAUAACUGAUUCCUCCUAAAGCAUGAAGAAAAGAUGGUCAUGAAAGGAACAGACUGCCUCAUUAAAAAGGAGCAAAAUGUCAAAUUGUUCCAUGUUUAUUCCAUUGGGGUAUUCCAUUGGGUUUUUUAUUCCCAGCUACCAUAAAACCAUAAAAAGUAGUUCACAUUAUUUGAAUAUCAGGGGACAUUGAUAUCAUUUUAAGAAAAAAUAUCCACUACAAAGUCUGGGGAAAAUAUGUGGCAUGUAACUGUAGUUAUGGAUACAUUUUGGCAUUUUAUCCAGUUAUAGCAAUUGUGUUAAAUAUGCCAUACAUAAUUAAAUAGUUUUUAAUUAUCGUGUAAGGUAUCCUAAAAAAAUAUUUUUAAAGCUUAAUCUUUCUGUACUUUUAAAUGUAACUAGAAUUCUUUAAUUUGUAUCAUUUUAUUGUAUCAGUGAUUUAAAACACAUCUGUGGGGGCAGCUCACAGUGUGGGCAUAAAGAUUUGCUAGUGUACCUCAGCAGUAGAUUCUGGAAUCUAAUGAGUACAUUGUUUGACAUCAGUUAAUCUUUUCUGAAUCCACAUAGCUGCUUUUAAUUUUGAGGCAUAUGAUUUGAUAUGGAAGAAUUUGUAAAAGUGGAAUUGCCUUAAAAUUUAAAGUAAGCAUAAUUGUUGGGGAGAGGCGUGGUAUUUAAAUGAUUGCCAACAUCCUUCAUAGCAUUAGUUUAAGAUAAAGGGGUAGACCGAGCUUCCUUCUUUCCCGGUGGUUUUUAAAAUUAAAAAUAUGUUCCAAAAGAAUUUGGCAGUUUGAAUCUUAACAAAACUGACUGGCUGGUUGAGUCAUCCCUCCCAUGUCCUUAGAGCUGGUCUGUGCUACCUUACAUACUUCAUAGCAGGAUUACUGAAUGGCUUCAGAGCAGAUUUAGUUAAUUUUUCCCUCAAAUGCAUGCCAUGUAUUCUCAAUAGGCUGUAUUUUCCCAGUGAUCAAUAAAUGGAACACUCAUUAAAAACUC